CGCUGGGGCCGCCAGCUGAGCCGGAUCCCGGCGGGCGGCUCUCCCCUCUCCACACCGACCCACCGAGCGACCCGUCCCCCACCCCCGACGCUCCCUCUCCCCCCUCCCCGGCGCGACCCGCGCCUCGGAUCGCCCCCGCCGGGGCCGGACUGCCACCACCCCCGGGCGCCGCGGGGAAGGCGGCGGCGGCGAAGGGCACCGGGCAGCGCCAGGCGGCGGCGGGACCAUGGGCGCGAAGCAGAGCAGCCCCACCGCCGCCAAUGGCCGCACCCGGGCGUACUCGGGCGGGGAUCUGCCUUCCUCGAGCAGCAGCAGCAGCGGCGGCGCUAACGGGACCGGCGGGCGCUCGGCAGGCGGCGGCGGGCGCUACGCGCACCUGGCGGCGGCGCCUCACGCCGCUCCCGGCGGUGCGGCGGCCGCGGCGGCCGGAGGAGCGGCGGCGGCGGGGAGUGCCGCGGGGUCGGCACCCCGGAGCAGGUCCUUAGGGGGGGCCACGGCCUCCGGGGCCCGGGCGGCGCAGUCCGCCUUCAACAUCCCCCACAGCAGCGGCCCCUACGGCUCGCAGGACUCGGUCAGCAGCACCCCGGAGGAGGGCGGCCGGGAGCGGCCCGCGGGGGGCGGCGGCGGCGGCGGCUCCUCCGGCGGGCCCCGGCUGGUGAUCGGCUCGCUGCCCGCGCACCUCUCGCCGCACCUGUUCGGAGGAUUCAAGUGCCCUGUAUGUUCAAAAUUUGUAUCUUCUGAUGAAAUGGAUUUACAUCUUGUGAUGUGUUUGACAAAACCAAGGAUAACCUACAAUGAGGAUGUGCUGAGUAAAGACGCUGGGGAGUGUGCAAUAUGCCUGGAAGAGCUGCAGCAAGGAGAUACUAUAGCACGGCUGCCUUGCCUCUGCAUAUAUCAUAAAGGCUGCAUAGAUGAAUGGUUUGAAGUAAAUAGAUCUUGCCCUGAGCAUCCAUCAGAUUAAGACAAGAUUCAUAUUUUUAGCUGCUUCCACUGAUCAGAAAACAUAGGAGAUGUGAGGUUCUCUUGCUGAACACAGCGUGCCUGGCUUGAGACUUAGUUCUUUGUGGCUGAAAAAGGCAAAGAUGGACAGUACAUGGAGAAAGCAUUGCAGACACCGUUACUUGACAGUAGUGCUCAGUAUACCAAACACUCAUGCAAAGGACACACAGGGAUUUUGAAAAUGCUGCACAUCCUGUAACAAUCGACUCCCCAGAGACAUUACUGACACUGUUUUGUAUUGAAGGCCAAAGUUCCAAAUUUCAGCCUAACUUCUGGUUCUGUGAAGAAGCGAGUUAUUGGACAUGUUUCCUACUGCCUCCAGUGGAAGUGGAGACGUUCGAUACGUGCUCUCUGAGACCCUCGCAGGGGGACGGCCCCAGAUCGGAGUGGGAACGUUUUCACCUUCUCAUUGGCUGAAGAACAGUACAUGGCAAACUAAAUAAAAUCUAACAGUGUGACCUUAAUUUACUGAAUUCACACCCUGUUUUACGUUCUUCACUUUUUUCAAGAACAGAAAACAUAACCCGCUCUGUGUAAGAAUACUGUAUUUCAAAGUUUUGUAACUAAACCUUUGUCACAAUGCAGUCCAAAGAGUAAAACCAAGACAGGUAACUAAUUUAU